CCCCUGCCCCAAAUCCCUCUCCACGAUGAUUUUGCUGAGCAGCUUCCUGCACCUGCGGCCCCGGCGCUGCGGCUCCUUGGCCGGGCUGGGCAGGGGGCUCGGCCCCACAGCGGGGUCCCGCAGGGCUCUGCGGGUGCUGGUGGACAUGGACGGGGUGCUGGCUGACUUCGAGGGAGGCUUCCUGAAGAAAUUCAGGGCCAGGUACCCCGACAAGCCCUACAUUGCCCUGGAGGACCGGAGGGGCUUCUGGGUGUCGGAGCAGUACGGGCGCCUGGGACCCGAGCUGAGUGAGAAAGCUAUCAGCAUCUGGGAAUCCAAGAACUUCUUCAUCGAGCUGGACCCACUCCCUGGGGCUGUGGAAGCUGUGAAACAAAUGGCAAAUUUGGCAGACACUGAUGUGUUCAUCUGCACGAGCCCAAUCAAGAAGUACCGGUACUGCCCUUAUGAGAAGUAUGCCUGGGUGGAGAAACACUUUGGCCCCGAAUUUCUUGAGCAGAUUGUUUUGACACGAGAUAAGACGGUGGUUUCUGCUGAUCUGCUUAUAGACGACAGACCUGAUAUAACAGGGGCAGAGCAGAACCCCACCUGGGAGCACGUGCUCUUCACUGCCUGCCACAACAAACACCUGCAGCUGAAGCCGCCCAGCCGCCGGCUGCACUCCUGGGCUGACGACUGGAAGGCCAUUCUGGACAGCAAACGCCUCCCACCUGGCCAGGCCACCUAAACACCAGCCCCCCGUGGCCACCUGGGGCUGCAGCCACCUGCCUGUGUCCCUGUGCAGUCCUGCUGAAGGCCAGGAUGGACAGACAGACAGACAGACACUGUCCCUGCUGCAGAGAGGAAGAGGAAGGGGAGCUGAAGCGCCACGGUCACCUGGACUUGAAAAAUAGACCCCAGCCCAGCCCUGCCACAAGGGAGCAACAGCAGGAUUGUGCCUGUGGACCUGACAGCCUGGCUCCUGGGGUCUCUGUGCUGCAUCUGCACCCCCACAGAGCCAGCCCAACGUUGGACAAGGUCACCCUCAGCGUGUCACUGCCCUUGCCUGGUGCACUGCGUGGCACAGACCAGCUCUGCAUCCUCUCCUCCACGUUAUGGUCAGGGAUCGUGUGUGGUUUGUUUAAUCCUUGCAAGGUUUCAUCUCAAGGGGCUGCCUCAGGAGAUCUUUCCCCAUGGCAGUGCCUGGAUCUGGGGAGAGGGGUGGCUGGAAGGGCAGGGAGAGCAGGCAGGGACUGUCCAGGCUGUCCCUGUGUUGGUGGAGAAUUGUCACAAGCACAUCCGUGGAUGCUGUUUGCAGUGCUCAUGUGCUGCAAGGGAAGACAUUGGGGGAUGUUGCUGUUAAAGGCUGGGCAGCUGUGCUGGUUUUAGCCAGGGCAGAAUUAAUUUUCUUCACAGAAAAUAGAGCCCUGUACAAGCUGCUGUAAAAAAAAAUUAACUCUACACUGGCCAAAACCAGCACAGGAGAGGUGCCCACGAGUUGUACCACAGGGCAGUUUGUUCUGCUGCUCCACCACAGUCCCAGCCCUGGAUGUCUGGGGACAGAGCGUGCUGCCAGCCCCACUGCCUUGGCUCUGGGCCCCUGCAGAGAGGUGUUCAGUGCCUGGCUGGUGCAAAGGGGUCACAGCACACACAGCUGGACCAGCCCCCUCUGCCAGGGGACAGUGCCGGGGCUCCUGAGCUCUGGGAGCAGCCAGCACUGCUGGGAAGCUGCAGUUGGCCACCAAAAAGGGAGGGUUUAGAGCAAGGGGCAGCUCCAAGAGGAGUGUUUUUUGCAUAGCUGUGCCCACAUCCUCUUCCUCA